CAAUUUUCCAAUUUUCACUAUUGUGUUGAUUUCACAAAUUUAUUUUAAUAAUCAGGACCUUAUUAAUAUUAAAAAUUAAGUAGUUAGUUUGAUUAUUGUUACUAUCUAUUAUUAAUAUCACAAAUAAAGAAGACAAAUUAUGGCUGUAGGUAAAAAUAAGAGACUUUCCAAAGGUAAAAAAGGUCUUAAGAAGAAGGUUGUUGAUCCAUUCACAAGAAAAGAAUGGUAUGAUAUUAAAGCUCCAUCAACUUUUGAUAACAGAAACGUUGGUAAGACUUUAAUCAAUCGUUCAACUGGUCUUAAAAAUGCCGCUGAUGGUUUAAGAGGUCGUGUUGUUGAAGUUUGUUUAGCUGACUUACAAUCUCAAGGUGACAAUUCCUACAGAAAAGUCAAAUUAAGAGUCGAUGAAGUCCAAGGUAAAAAUUUAUUAACCAAUUUCCAUGGAAUGGAUUUUACAACCGAUAAAUUAAGAUCUUUAGUCAGAAAAUGGCAAACUCUUAUCGAAGCAAAUGUCACUGUUAAAACCGCUGAUGACUACGUUUUAAGAGUCUUUGCAAUUGCCUUCACCAAAAGACAACAAAAUCAAAUCAAAAAAACUACUUAUGCUCAAACUUCUCAAAUCCGUGAAGUUAGAAAGAAAAUGAUUGAAAUUAUGAGAAGAGAAGUCUCCAACUGUACUUUAUCUCAAUUAACCUCUAAAUUGAUUCCAGAAAUUAUUGGUCGUGAAAUUGAAAAAUCAACUCACUCAAACUAUCCAUUAAAAGAUGUUCACAUUAGAAAAGUCAAAUUAUUAAAACAACCAAAAUUCGAUUUAGGUGCUUUAUUAUCUUUACACGGUGAAUCUUCAACUGACGAACAAGGAAAGAAAGUUACUGGUUUUAAAGAUGAAGUUUUAGAAGUUGUUUAAUCAUAUUAAUUAAUAAUUCAAAAUAUCUAUUUAAAUAUAUUUUAAUAUUAUUAAUAAAAACACAUAAAAUUUAAAAACUAAUUGCAAUCCAAGCUAUUUUAAAACAAAAACCGAAA